AUGACAUCAUCUGAACAUGAUCCAUCUUUAUAUUCUUCGGCUAGGUAUGAUGGAAGACAAAGGUCUAGACGGCAGUCAUUUUCAUCGAAUUGGACAGACUCAACUGCUGCUACUUUGACUUCGGGAUUAACCUUGGAUCAAGAUACAGGUGAGCCAUUUUCUGGGACGGGGCCUGAAGCAGUUCCAAGUUCUCUUGUAUCCUUUCAUCAUCCUCAUUCUAUUCAGUCAAGUGGGUUUCUUUCAUCGUCUUUGAAUUCUCGGUUUACGCCUCAACAACAAAGAAGACGAUCAUCAGUAGCAGAUACUCAACCGUUGAUGGAGCGUUCUCCUAGUGUACAACGUUCUUCAUCUUCCUCUAAUUUAUCAUCAAGGAGACAAAGUUUUAGAUUCUUUACUAAUGAAGAAAUUCAUGAUGCUGAAGGGACGGCAACUUUAGAAAACACAGAUUAUGACAUCCAGUGGGAUUUAAAACCAUCAUAUGAACAACAAAGGAUCUACGGGUCUGAUAUUCCAUCUAAAAGAUCAUCUAUACACAGCUUUUCCAGAAGAUCAUCUAUAUCUAGGAGUGGCAGUAGUUCUUACGGAACUACGGGCAGUUAUAUAGGGCAUCCUCUGUCAAGAGCAGAGUCUUUAGCUAGACAAAACCAACUCCAACAACAUUUACAUGACCUAUCUCAAGUGUAUAGUGCCAAUUCUAUUGAUUCCUCCACCAGUUUAUCUCGAUAUAGUGUUACUGAAAGAAUUCCUAUUGAAUUGGAGGAAGAUGAAGAUGAAAUAUUGGAUAAUACUUCGUCAAUGGACUCUACAUCUAUAUCAACAUCGAGUUUAAAUGCUCAAGAGAAUGAAGAAGGUAACAACAAUGUUAACGAUGAUAUUCAUAGUCAUUAUAAAAAGGGAACGUAUCAGAACGAACUUUUAAAGCCUAUCUAUCAUGAAAAAUUUUAUCCAAAUUCUUCUCCAGAACAGAUUAUUCAAAGGUUUUAUAUUACUGAAGAAGAUAUUGUGAUUGGUAUAGGUGGAUAUCGAACUUCCGCAAAAAAAGUGUUUUUAUACAACAUAUUUUGUAUUUUAACUAUAGGGCUUUUUUCUUUAUUAAUGAGAUGGUUACCUGCAAAAAAGGUUAAAUGUAUUGGUGUAAAAUGUCCAUUAGGGAAAGCUGAAUGGGUUGUUAUUGAAAAUGAAUUUGGUGAAUUUUCAAUAGAAUAUGUUAAGAGAGAAUGGUACAAUAGACCUUUAAGUACACUUUUGCAUAUUACAAAAGAAACUUUUUUAGAUACUUCAAACCACUCAACUAUUGGAACACGUCAUCAUCAUACAACAGAUCCCAAUCCGAAUAUUCCAAUUUUAAUAUCUUUCCAAUAUAGAUAUAUUAAAUUUAUUUAUUCUCCAGUAGAAGAUAUUUUCAAAACUAACACUAAUUGGGUUGAUCCUGAUUGGCUACAUCUACCUUCAGUUGUUAAAGGCCUACCAAGUCUAGUUCAAGAAGAUAGAAUACUUGCUUUUGAUAAAAAUCAAAUUAACUUGAAGGUAAAAACAACAUCGGAGAUUCUAUUUAACGAAGUACUACAUCCAUUUUACGUAUUUCAAAUCUUUUCAAUUAUAUUGUGGAGUUUAGACGAAUAUUAUUAUUAUGCUUCAUGCAUUUUCCUGAUAUCUAUAAUGUCAAUUAUGGAGACUUUGGUUGAAACCAAAAAAACAUCCAAGAAUCUCGCAGAUAUGUCACAAUUUUCAUGUGAUGUUCGUGUAUUAAGGGAUGAGUUUUGGACAAAUGUGAAUUCUAGUGAAUUAGUUCCUGGUGAUAUUUAUGAAAUCUCAGAUCCAAAUUUAAAUAUUCUUCCAUGUGAUUCUAUAUUAAUUACUGGUGAUUGUAUUGUUAAUGAGUCUAUGUUGACUGGUGAAUCUGUUCCUAUCUCUAAAAUACCUGCUACAGAGGAUACUAUGUACCAAUUAAUGGAAGAUUUUGAAAAUACUCAGAUUUCUAGUUUUGUCUCUAAGUCAUUUCUUUUUAAUGGUACUACGAUCAUUAGAGUUAAAGUUCCACCAGAUCAGUCUGCAGCAUUAGCAAUGGUCAUCAGAACAGGGUUUUCAACUACAAAGGGUUCUCUAAUUCGUUCCAUGGUUUUCCCAAAACCAACCGGGUUUAAAUUUUAUAAAGAUUCGUUUAAAUAUAUUGGUGUUAUGACAAUAAUUGCGUUGCUUGGGUUUUUAGUAAGUUGUAUUCAAUUCAUUGAAUUAGGAUUAGAUAAAAGAGUUAUGAUUUUGAGAGCACUCGAUAUCAUUACUAUUGUGGUUCCACCAGCUUUACCUGCAACUUUGACUAUUGGUACUAGUUUUUCUCUAAACAGACUUAAAAAGAAAGGUAUAUUCUGUAUUGCCCCAACAAGAGUUAAUGUCGGUGGGAAAGUUGAUUUAAUGUGUUUUGAUAAAACAGGCACUCUGACCGAAGAUGGCUUAGAUGUUUUGGGAGUACAAAUAUCGGAGCCUGCUGAACAUAAUUUAUUUAGAUUUGGCGAAUUGAAACAGAAUGUAAAUGAUGUCUUUAGUAAGGAUUCCUUAGAUGACUGCACCUCUCCAUUAGAUGUUAAAAACAAAAACUUUUUAAUGGCAUUGUUGACUUGUCAUUCACUAAACUUAGUUGAUAAUGAAUUGAUUGGUGACCCCUUGGAUCACAAGAUGUUUCAGUUUACCGGUUGGGAUUAUAGUGAAGAAUUUGAGUAUCAAACGCAUGAUGAUUUGAGUAAAAAUGAUCCAAAUAAAUCUAUAUUUCCUGAUAACGUCGAUAUAAUACCUGCAGUAGUCCAUCCGUCAGAUACAAAUAUAAAGUCAAAUAAAUUUUCGAAGGCUAAUGCCCAUAAUUAUUUAGGGAUAGUAAGGAGUUUUGAAUUUGUAUCUGAAUUGAGAAGAAUGAGUGUUAUUGUGAAACCAAAUGGUGAUGAGUUGUACUGGGCUUUUACCAAAGGUGCUCCUGAGGUCAUUGCUCAAAUCUGUAACAAGGCAACCUUACCUUCUAACUUCGAUGAAAUUUUACAUUAUUAUACACAUUCUGGGCAUAGAGUUAUUGCGUGUGCAGGUAAGAUUUUACCAAAACAUACAUGGUUGUACUCUCAGAAGGUUGCUAGAGAAGAUAUUGAAAACAAUAUGGAAUUUUUGGGCUUUAUUAUAUUUGAAAAUAGAUUGAAAGCUACAACAGCUCCUACAUUAAAAGUUUUACAAGAUGCCUCUAUUAAAACUGUAAUGUGUACCGGUGAUAAUGUUUUAACAGCAAUAUCGGUUGGUAGAGAAUCUGGCUUAGUAACUUCAAGUAAUGUCUAUGUCCCCUAUUUAAAUGAUCCUAAUGAUGAAUUUUUAGUUUGGCGUAAUGUUGACGAUUUUGAAAAGACACUAGACACCAUAACAUUACAGCCUAUUGAUUAUGAUCAAGAUUAUACUAUUGCAGUAACUGGUGAAGUAUUUCGAAUAUUAUUUUCAAAUGAGAAUAAUAUACCUGAGGAAUAUAUUAAUGAGAUAUUAUUGAAAACAUCUAUUUAUGCAAGAAUGUCCCCAGAUGAAAAACAUGAAUUAAUGGAACGUUUGCAAGGUUUAGAUUAUACAGUAGGGUUUUGUGGGGAUGGUGCAAACGAUUGUGGUGCGCUAAAAGCUGCAGAUAUUGGUAUCUCUUUGUCUGAAGCAGAAGCCUCAGUAGCUGCUCCUUUUACUUCAAAAAUAUUUGAUAUUAGUUGCGUUCUUGAUGUGAUUAAAGAAGGUAGGUCAUCACUGGUCACCUCAUUUGCAUGUUUCCAAUAUAUGAGUUUAUAUUCCGCCAUUCAAUUUAUAACAGUUUCCAUUUUGUACAGUAGAGGGUCUAACUUGGGUGAUUUCCAAUUUCUGUACAUUGAUUUAUGUCUUAUUGUCCCAAUUGCAAUUUUCAUGUCAUGGUCUAAACCAUAUGACAAAUUGAGCUCAAAAAGACCCUCUGCUAAUCUAGUGUCACAAAAGAUUUUGAUUCCAUUAUUUUUAAGUUUUGCCAUUAUUUUCUUAUUCCAACUAAUUCCAUGGUUAUACGUUCAAACAAGAGAUUGGUAUAUUAAGCCAACUGUUGGUGGUGAUGAUGUAGUGCAAUCUACUGACAACACUAUAUUAUUUUUUAUAGCGAAUUUUCAAUAUAUUUUGACAGCUGUUAUUCUGUCAGUUGGGCCACCAUAUAGGGAGCCAAUGAGUCAUAAUUUUGGUUUUAUCUUUGAUAUUAUACUUUCUAUUCUGGUAAGUGUGAUAUUAAUGUUUGUUAAUGUAAAUUCUUUAAUAGGCAAGUUAUUCCAACUGACAGAAAUUACUUUUGGUUUUAAAAUGUUCAUUUGUUUUUGGAUAAUAUUAAAUUAUUUGGUUCAAUUGUAUUUCCCUAAUGCGAUCAAACCUUAUUUCAAGAAAAAACAGAGUAGCAAAAAAUAUAAGAAUAUAUUAAAAAAUUAUUGUGAUAUGUAUACUGUAUAA